ACCGUUGUGAAAUAGAGAGUGAGACUAUAGAGAUGUUGUGCAUCAGUUAAGCACGAGGUCAGUUAAUUGAAACAGCUAAACCCAAACCCACACAGUUUUGUUAAUUUGACUGAAGACUGACAGAUCUAACGGACAUAUUUAAUGGUUAUUAUAUUCUCUCCCUACUGGACUAUUUUAUUGGACUAAUAACACUAAAAUACUCCACCACAACUCGGUAUCAUCCCACGGCAAGGCAGUAUCAUCCCAGCGGCAAGGGGGUAUCAUCCCACGGCAAGGCGGUAUAUUCCCAGCGGCAAGGUCGCUGAGAAGAGGGAACACAGUGAUCCAGGACCUGAGAGUCUAUCUGUCUGUGUGUGUGUGUGUGUGUGUGUGUGUGUGUGUGUGUGUGUGUGUGUGUGUGUGUGUGUGUGUGUGUGUGUGUGUGUGUGUGUGUGUGUGUGUGUGUGUGUGUGUGUGUGUGUGUGUGUGUGUGUGUGUGUGUGUCUGAGUCUCUGAGAGUCUCUCUGUCUGUUUGUGUCUGAGUCUCUGAGAGUCUGUCUGCCUGUUUGUGUCUGAGUCUCUGAGAGAGUGUCUGUCUGUUUGUGUCUGAGUCUCUGAGAGUCUGUCUGCCUGUGUGUGUCUGAGUCUCUGAGAGAGUGUGUGUCUGUUUGUGUGUGUGUCUUUGAGUGCGUCUCUGUUUGUGUGUGUGUCUUUGAGUGUGUGUCUGUUUGUGUGUGUUUCUUUGAGUGUGUGUCUGUUUGUGUGUGUGUCUUUGAGUGUGUGUCUGUUUGUGUGUGUGUGUCUUUGAGUGUGUGUCUUGUUGUUGCUGCAUCUGUGUGAUUGAGGAUGAGGUCAUCAGGACUACUGCUGUGUGUACUGGCUGUAGCAACGGUGUCCUCCUCCCGGUUCCCCCGUGACACGUCAUCUCAGAGCCCCAGGGUCAUUACGGAGGAGACCAACCCCACAGACCUUCUCCUGGACACUCUGAACCCCAACAGCUCCCUCCCUGUCCCCCCUCUCCCUCCCGCCUUCCGACCACGCCCACCAGGCCCCUACCCCCCCAUGUGUAUCAAGCCCACAGAGAUUAGACAAGCCUUUAAGUAUGUGAACACGGUGGUGAGCUGUGUGAUCUUAGUGGUGGGGAUGAUCGGUAACUCCACCUUAUUAAGGAUCAUCUAUAAGAACAAGUGUAUGAGAAACGGACCCAACGUUCUGAUUGGCUCUCUGGCCUUGGGGGAUCUUCUCUACAUCCUCAUCGCUAUCCCCAUCAACGUCUUCAAGCUGAUAGCAGAGGAUUGGCCGUUUGGGGUUCAUGUAUGCAAGUUGAUGCCAUUUAUCCAGAAGGCUUCAGUAGGAAUCACUGUCCUCAGCCUGUGUGCCCUGAGCAUCGACAGGUACCAUGCGGUGACAUCAUGGAGUAGGGUGAAGAGGAUAGGGAUCCCGCUGUGGAAGGCUAUGCAGGUCACAUUCAUAUGGCUGGUUGCUGUCCUGCUGGCUGUUCCUGAGGCUGUGGCCUUUGACAUGAUGGAGAUGCCUUAUAGAGGCAGCAAGCUACGAGUCUGUCUGUUACACCCCCAACAGAACACUGCUUUUAUGAAGUUCUACCAGGAUGUGAAGGACUGGUGGUUGCUAGGGUUUUAUUUCUGUCUUCCUCUGGCCUGCACCGGCGUCUUCUACACCCUGAUGUCCUGGGAGAUGUUGAGCAGGAAGAAAGGCAUGAGGAUCGCUCUUAACGACCACAUGAAACAGCGUCGCGAGGUGGCUAAGACAGUCUUCUGCUUGGUGGUGAUCUUUGCACUGUGCUGGCUACCGCUCCAUCUCAGCCGCAUCCUGAAGAAAACGAUCUAUGAUCAGAACGACCCCAACCGCUGUGAACUACUCAGUUUCCUGCUAGUGAUGGAUUAUAUCGGUAUCAACAUGGCGUCUCUCAACUCCUGUAUCAACCCUGUCGCUCUCUACUUCGUCAGCCAGAAGUUCAAAAACUGUUUCAAGUCUUGUCUGUGCUGCUGGUGUACAAGGAGCAGGAAUGUGAUUCCAGAGAGAGGCGGUGUCCGCUGGAAGGGAAGCUGUCAUGGCAACGAACUCGACAGAACAAGCUCUCGUUCCAGUCAGAAAUACACCUCCACCUACACACACACACACACACACACACACACACACACACACACACACACACACACACACACACACACACACACACACACACACACACACACACACACACACACACACACACACAUUCAUGCAUGAACACACACUAGCCCUUCCCUCCUGUCCAGUCCAGCUAAACCCAACCCAACCCAGCCCCAUCCCCCUCCUUCUAAACCCAACCCAACCUAACCCAGUCCCAUCCCCUCUCCUUCUAAACCCAACCUAACCCAGUCCCAUCCCCUCUCCUUCUAAACCCAACCUAACCCAGCCCCAUCCCCUCUCCUUCUAAACCCAACCUAACCCAGUCCCAUCCCCUCUCCUUCUAAACCCAACCUAACCCAGUCCCAUCCCCUCUCCUUCUAAACCCAACCUAACCCAGCCCCAUCCCCUCUCCUUCUAAACCCAACCUAACCCAGCCCCAUCCCCUCUCCUUCUAAACCCAACCUAACCCAGCCCCAUCCCCUCUCCUUCUAAACCCAACCUAACCCAGUCCCAUCCCCUCUCCUUCUAAACCCAACCUAACCCAGCCCCAUCCCCUCUCCAUCUAAACCCAACCUAACCCAGCCCCAUCCCCUCUCC